CCCUCCCUAGGGUUUGGCAGCUCAACGACAGCCCCUCCCGUCUUCCACCCCCGGCAGCCAAGUUCUCAGCUUUCAUAGUCUUAUCACUUACGCCGUCCCUCCUCUGCUGCACCUCGUUGUAGCUCGACGGCUUGCUGAUCCCCUCUCUCUCUUUCUCUCCCUCUAGUCUCACUCCCGGAGGCCUCUGAUCGGUAAUUGCAGCCUCUGUGUUGCUGCCCAGCUGAACUGAACCAGCAGACCUGGUUUGGCGGAUAUGGCUGGUGUAGCUGGCCGUGGAGGGAGGAGGAAGGAAGUGAAGAAGGAAACUGGGUUGGGUCUCACCAAUAAGAAGGAUGAGAACUUCGGUGAAUGGUACUCUGAGGUUGUUGUCAAUGGUGAAAUGAUCGAGUACUAUGACAUUUCUGGUUGUUACAUUUUGAGGCCAUGGGCAAUGACUAUUUGGGAGAUCAUGCAAAAAUUUUUUGAUGCAGAAAUCAAGAAAAUGAAAAUUAAGAACUGCUACUUCCCUCUUUUUGUUUCUCCUACCGUACUGCAGAAGGAGAAGGACCACAUAGAGGGUUUUGCCCCAGAGGUUGCUUGGGUAACAAAAUCUGGGGAAUCAGAGCUUGAAGUGCCGAUCGCAAUUCGCCCAACCAGUGAAACUGUUAUGUAUCCCUACUAUUCUAAAUGGAUCAGAGGACACCGAGAUUUGCCCCUGAAACUUAACCAAUGGUGCAAUGUUGUCCGUUGGGAAUUUAGUCAUCCUACUCCGUUUAUCAGGAGUCGUGAAUUUCUUUGGCAAGAAGGGCACACUGCUUUCGCAACCAAGGAAGAGGCUGAUACCGAGGUUCUUGAAAUACUGGAGCUAUACAGGCGCAUAUAUGAGGAAUUCUUGGCUAUUCCUGUUAUAAAGGGGAAGAAAAGUGAGUUGGAGAAGUUUGCUGGUGGUUACUACACAACAAGUGUGGAGGCAUUUAUUCCGAACACUGGUCGUGGUAUUCAAGGUGCAACUUCGCACUGCCUAGGUCAGAACUUCGCAAAGAUGUUUGAGAUAAACUUUGAGAACGAAAAGGGGGAGAGAGCCAUGGUGUGGCAGAACUCAUGGGCCUACAGCUCUCGAACGAUUGGGGUGAUGAUAAUGGUUCAUGGGGACGACAAGGGGUUGGUGCUUCCUCCUAGAGUUGCAUCGGUGCAAGUUAUCGUAGUUCCAGUGCCAUACAAGGAUGCUGAUAUGCAAGGGAUCUUUGAUGCCUGUAACGCAACUGUCAACACCUUGUCUGAGGCAGGAAUUUGCGCUGAAGCGGAUCUCAGAGAUAACUAUUCCCCGGGUUGGAAGUACUCACAUUGGGAGAUGAAAGGUGUUCCUCUGAGGAUUGAAAUCGGUCCGAAGGACUUUGCUAAGAACCAGGUCCGUGCCGUUCGUCGUGACAGUUCUGCGAAAGCCGAUAUACCACGUGCUGAAUUAGUCGAGAAAGUGAAGCAAAUGCUAGAAGAUAUUCAGCAGAGCCUAUUUGAUGCUGCAAAGCAAAAGCGAGAUGCUUGCAUUCAGGUCGCAAAAACCUGGGAGGAGUUCGUGGAAGCACUCAGCCAAAAGAAAAUGAUCUUAGCUCCUUGGUGCGACGAGGAGGAGGUGGAGAAGGACGUAAAAGCACGAACAAAGGGCGAGAUGGGAGCGGCCAAGACACUCUGUUCCCCAUUUGAACAGCCGGAACUUCCUGAAGGUACAAAGUGCUUUGCCUCGGGAAAGCCUGCGAAGAAGUGGAGCUACUGGGGCAGGAGUUAUUGAGUUGUAGACUCGAAGACUUGGUCUCUAGGCGAAGAUUCUUGAUCAGCAUUAAGUUAUACUGUCUAAUCUACCAACUUAAUGUGCUUCUUUGCAUUUUCACAUAGUUGAUUUUCGAAGAAUGUCUUGGAAACAAAGUGUGUGAUUGAUAUCUAAGAAGAUCUGCUGACGCGGUGAAUCUGUGAAAUUUUUGUUGGAGACGAGAACAAUUUCCUUUAAGGACCCUUUGGUUGUUUGUACCUCGAGGUGUGAUUGAGAAUUCUCAAAAUGAUGCGGUCUGCCUUGGUCAGCCUUCAGCCUCGAUACAUCUAGUGCAGCUGUAUCUGGCUUUUCCGAGGGCCGUGGGGUAGCCAGGCCUGCAAUGUGUAGGCGAGCAGGUAUCUUUCUUAGAAAAUAAAUAUGAUAAAAAUAUUCGAAA